AUGGAUCAAGACAUUUGGCAAAAAAAGUUGGGAGAUGUAAAGGGAUUCUAUGAAUCGGUCGAUUUGUUUGUACUGUUUGAUUUGUUGGGUGCAGUCGAUCCAAAGUUUUACAUUUAUCAUCAACCUACUGCCCAUUUGUUUAAGAAACUAUCAGACAUUGAAGACAAGUUGCAAGCUAAAAGAUUGAUUAGUUUCAAAUCGACUAAAUACUUUAUUACAAGAGAUAUUGGACAAGAGAUUCAAGAUGACCACGUCCCAUUCCAUGCCUACAAUGUACCGAUUCUACAUCUCAUACCAUUACCAUUUCCACAAUGUUGGCACAAAGAAUGUGAUAACUACAAUACCCUAGAUAAAACUACCAUCCAAGAUUUAACUAAAAUAUUUAAUGUAUUUUUAACUUCUUAUCUAACUCAUAAUAACAAUUAA